AUGCACGGCGGGAGCAUUCCCCACCUUGCUCCGAUCCAUCAUUUGAGGAGUCGGAUGGAACUAGUUAUAGGCGAAGAUCGAGAACUCCGCCAAGCGAGACUUUCUCCUAUGAAGAGGAGCACCGCCAUCGACUCGGGUUCGGCGGACGCCCAAGUUGUUAAUGCAGUAUUCCGAGAGCCAGUGCAGCAGGUUUUUGAGAAGAUAAAGAGCGAGCCAUUCUUCAAAUGGCCUAACAAGAUGGCGGGAGAGCCUAGGAAACGCAACCCAAGUUUGUACUGCCAUUAUCAUCAGGAUCAUGGGCACACGACGGAUAACUGCAGGAAUUUGUGGGACCACUUGAAACAGUUGGUCCGUGAAGGGAAAUUAAAGCAACUCUUACAUCACUCCAGUGGAAGGGCGAGCCAAGCAGGUUCAGUGGUGCGUGGGGACACUUCAUCAAGGCUCCCCCUAGGUAUGAUUAACGUUAUCUUUGCGGCCUCGGGAAGGACUAGAUCUUGCCCCUCCAGAGUAUUGUCGGUGUCCCGAUCCCCAACCGAGGAUCAUUCCCGAGCAUUGAAAAGGGCCAAGGUGCGUAUCCCCCUGAUUCUAGGCUUUUCAGUUGAGGAUAUGAUUGGGACCAUACAGCCCCAUGAAGAUGCUUUGGUGGUAACGCUGAGAAUUGGCGGGUACGAUGUCAGGAGAGUGAUGGUUGAUCAGGGUAGAGCUGUGGAUGUGAUGUAUCCAGACUUGUACAAAGGGCUAGGUUUGAAGCCAGAGGACUUAACGACCUAUAACUCUCCUCUAGUAAGUUUUGAGGGAAGGUUAGUCACUCCCAAAGGACUAAUCAGGCUGCCCGUGCAGUCAGGUACGGAUGUGGUGGAGGUGGACUUUAUUGUCGUAGAUGUUUUUUCUCCAUACACGGCUAUUAUAGGUAGACCUUAG